GUGGGGUACUCACCUUCAAGUUAAAUAUUAACCUCAUCCUACGUCAACCUCAACUUCUAAAUUCUUUUUGCGUCCCUUGAUUCUAUAUUCACAAACCAAGUGCUGAUUUUAUCCAUUCCACGCGACCACCACAAUGGCUACUUCCGAACACAUCUACAAGUUUAGCAUUAGCAUGAGCUGUGGAGGUUGCUCGAGUUCUGUGGAACGUGUGAUCAAGGAACUCAAUGGCCUUCGUUCCUACGAGGUUUCUUUGACCGAGCAAAGGGCGACCAUCGUCGCCGACCCUUCGCUCGAAUACACCACGGUUCUACGGGCGAUUCAGAAGAGCGGUAAAAAGAUCAUCUCGGGCGAGGCAGACGGUGUUUCGAUGAGUAUCGAAGUGGAAGAGUAAACCUGAG